AUGUGGGUCUCAAAGGCCAGACGAGCGCUUUGCUUGUCGGUUUUCUGGCGGUCCUCAGCGUUCUUUGAGCUCUAUGGUCGUGCACAUUCGACAGAAGUGGCUGAGGUGCCGCCGUCACCGCAACCAUCGAGCCGCGUUGCGCCCACGGAUGAGGCGUGGAAAAGGUGUCAAGCGCUGCUGCAGCGUGUUCAGUCGCGCAUGUACAUCCACCCAGGCCAGGCGCCAGCGGAGUUGUGUAGAGAGGCGCUGACCAGCAUCGAGCAUCUACUUGCGUCCUCGCCGACGCGCCGCUGCACCGCUGCGCGCAGACUCUGGAGAGACGCGCUUGCACUGCAGUCUUAUUUGCCGGCACAUGACAUCAGUGCAGCAGCCGACACGGCCAGUGUACUUCUGUUCUCCGACCAGGCACAGCGAGGGUGCCGUGUGUGCUCGCAGGCUGUUGGGCACCCCCAGUCCCGUCAAGGACCGCGCAGUGACACAGAGCUCAUUGGCUAUCUGCGACUGUUAAGCGUGCAUUCCAUGUGCGCGUGCUACUCACAUGAGAGUUUCUCCCCCGACUGGUGGACCGCUCUCGUUGACUCCGUGGACGAGGCGAAGCGUGUCAUCGCGGCAGCGCCUAAGCCUCGGCGGGCACCCAUGGCGCAUGCACUGGAGGUGUUGGCGUGGUCGCUGGACUGGCUGCAUCACCACAACGACACGCCUGAGAGACAGGCAUUGGGGGCCCUGAAGGCGAAACUUCCUCAGUGGCUUCCGUUUCUCUUUGACGAGUUUGACGCCACCACCGCAAAACUGUCGUCACAGUCUCUGGCGCUCUUGCCUCCACGCUGGCUGCUGAUGAUGACCACACACCCAGAAGGCGACAGCGACGCCGUAGCACUCGAAAGGCUACUGCGCCACGCCUUGGGCAGAGAGAAGCGAUGUCACAGCAGCAACGUGUUUCAGCUCUCCUCUCGCAUCGCCGAUAUUCUCGUUCACCGCUUCCCCCACCACCCGAGCGCCGCUCAUGCGGUCGCUACACUUGGUACAGCCUUACAGUGCUCGUCAGUGCACUCGUACGGUACAACGCGAGAAGGCUUUGACAAGGCUCUUGGCGUGCUUACACGCAUGUCUGGGGCGCAGCCCUACUUUGCCACGCAGGCAUUGCUGCAUCACCGCUCGACUGAGACGUCGGCGAGGAUACAGGAGGAGCACGGAGACCUACUCACUGGAAACCCUCACCUCAACUGGAGAACGGCCCUCAACUUCACAAUGAAGCAAGUGGAAGCGGCCGACCCUCACUGGCGCGUGUAUCUCCCAGAGACGCUGCGGCUUCUCAGCGAUGCUGGCAAGUUGAAGCAGUUUUGGAGUCUCCUGCAAGAGUACAACGCAGUGGAUGCAACUGCCAACAUCUCUGUCGCCGCUUCGCUAAGUCGUGCGAUGCAACUUAGUGCGAGAUGGUGGCACGCGAUGGAGGUGAUGGACCUGCUUGUCAGCGCCCCGCCGCCUCGGGACGCCAUUGAGGAUCAGCUGGUGACGACGGCGUGCGCCGGCACCCUGCGGGUGUUGCUGCAAGCGAAACGGUGGCAGGAGGCACUGCGUGUUUUCUUGAUGGUGGGCGAUGCUUUUCCGCCAACAGAAUCGGCUGUCGUCUCCAGGCUGCUUACAUCGAUGCCGAUGUACGCCCCUUGGCAGAUGGCUCUCGCAGCGGCGACACAGAGGGGGCUGACUUCCGACACCACUCGGAUCAUUUUGCUCUGUUUACAUGCCGGCGCAUCAGCAGCCCUUCUGCCGCCCGCUCAUCAACAGAAGGCGUCCGCACUCAUCUUUGCUCAACAUGGUCGGUGGGACCUUGUACGCACCGUUGUGGAGCAGCGUCCCAUCGAUGUGUCACUCUGGCGUACCCUUGUCCAGGCGAUGGAGCAUUGCGCAGACGCCGUGGAUGAGCAGACGGCGGCCACCGUCUUCCCUGUGCCGCUUCCGCAUGACUGUUGGCAUGACAUGUCGUUUGGGAACGCAUUCGCGCAUCUCUGUGUGCAGCGGGGCUGGCUAUCCCUCCUUUCAUCGCACCUGUCGUGCCUUCUUGCACCACCAGCCUCCCCAGUCACACCGAUGUCUCGUCUUGGAGUGGAGUAUGGGCAUCUCCUCCGCUUUCUGCAGUCGAAUCGCUUCCCACCAGCAGAGUUUGUCUUCACCGACUCGUACGUUGUUCACCAGCUCAUGUCGUGUGUGACAGGCAGACGCGUGUCCGUAGUGGCGAAACUACCGGCGGCGUCUGGAUCCACCAAGCAGCAAGCCUCCAUCUACUUGCGCGUUCCUUACGAGAUCCUGAGCGUGCCGCGCGGCGAGGGCGACGGGACUGCAACUGUGCGGGUUACAUCCGCUCCCACUUCCACGUACCUAAAAGAGCAUUGCAUUUUCAUUGCUGCCAGUGGUCUUGUUGUCGGCUACAAAGUCCCUGCGUCUGCCCUCUUUACUUCCGCGCGUGGGCUCCUGAGGGUGUUGGGCAACAACGGAGUAUACCGUCUCGCGUAUCACAUGUCGGUCGCGAGCAGCGGCCUUUUUCUUCUCUACCCCGCCUCUGCCAGUCUCACGUGGUACUCCUUCAAGCUGCGUGUGCGCCUAUGCGUGGCAGUGAUGCCGGCGGCGCCGUACGUGCCGCUGUUAGCAACAUCGUUUUUUGACCGCUAUGCGAUGAGGUGGCGCAGCGGUGAGGGCGAUUGGCACGAGGUGGAGGCCGUUUUGCUUGCUACGAGUGGACAAGAGGUGCGACACGCGUGGCGGUCCCUCAAGGUGGAUCUGAACGCGGAGGGCUGGGGCCCAGUCGAGCCUGAUGCAGGAGCUGGCGACAUGUAUCACAUCCUGGAGCUCCAGGUCUCACGUCGCGCGCCAACCAUCGAGGGCAAUGCGAUGCUAGCAGAUGUGGAGGUUUUUACGUGCCACGGGCGUUCACUCAAACCGCUGAGCGCCGACGAUGGCGAGGCGGCGGAGUGGGACUUGUAA